CUGAUCAACAGGAAGACAAUGCUGCAGUACUUCUUGAUAAAAGAUCUCAGUUUAGCUCCUUGGUAAGAUAAGUGUUGACUGCAUCAUGCCGACGAGCUUUGGCGAUGGCAUUGGUUACGCAGGAGGUGCCUUCAUGCCGUCCUAUUCGUAUCCAGGAGUCGAGACUAACGGAGAUGCAGGCCAUCACGUUCUGAGACGUUACUGGAAGUGUGAACAUCAGCCUUACAUGUAUGAUAUCAACACAAACAUGCAGUCAUCAGUUGAUUCGGAUGCCAGUGACAUCGCAAGUAUACACAACCUGGCCAGUGUCCAACCUGUCUUAUCACCCAACUCUGCCAUCAGCCAACUGUGUGCCAUCUGUGGAGAUCGAGCGACCGGCAAACAUUACGGCGCGGCAAGCUGCGACGGUUGUAAGGGAUUCUUCCGCCGUAGUGUCAGGAAGAAUCACGUCUACACCUGCAGGUUCAGCCGGAAUUGUCUCGUCGAUAAGGAUAAACGGAAUCAGUGUCGCUACUGCCGGCUGAAAAAAUGUUUCCGCGCGGGAAUGAAGAAAGAAGCUGUCCAGAACGAGCGCGAUCGUAUCAGUGUGCGGCGGACAAGUUAUGACGACAUCCAGCAGAACGGCUCACUCUCCGUCAACACAUUGCUCAAUGCUGAGAUCCUGUCACGACAAGGGUGGGAGAUCACCCAUAACGUGCAAGACAUAGUCCAGAAGAAGAUUGCCACCAUCGUGGAUGUAACGGAAUCGAUGAGACAACAACUCCUCAUCCUCGUGGAGUGGGCCAAGUAUAUCCCGAGUUUCUGUGAGCUGCCACUCGAUGAUCAGGUGGCACUCCUGCGAGCCCACGCUGGAGAACAUCUUCUCCUCGGCGUAGCAAGACGAUCAAUCCCCCUGAAAGACAUCCUUCUCCUUGGCAAUGAUUACAUCAUUCCUCGACACACGACCGACAUGGAAAUCAACCGUAUCGCAAACCGCAUCCUUGAUGAACUAGUCAAACCUCUGAGAGAUGUUCAGAUUGAUGAUUCAGAGUUCGCCUGUUUGAAGGCAAUCGUAUUUUUCGACCCAGCCAAAGGCAUCAACGAGUCGCAGAAGAUCAAGAUGAUGAGGUACCAGGUUCAGAUCAACCUAGAAGACUACAUCAACGACCGCCAGUACGACUCACGAGGACGGUUUGGCGAGUUGCUUCUACUGCUUCCGGCGCUCCAGAGUAUCACCUGGCAGAUGAUCGAACAGAUCCAGUUCGCUAAGCUGUUUGGUGUGGCCAAGAUCGACAGCCUCCUCCAGGAGAUGUUAUUAGGAGGAGCACCAGCUGCAGAAGGCCAGUCAGGUCAGGGGUCACCACCAGGCUCUGCCAUUGGAUCCAUCAUGGUGCAGAACUCACCGGUGUCAACUGAUGGCCGCGGCUAUUCUCCACCGAUGCCGAACGGUAUCCCUCAGGUUGAACACAUCCCACUUACACGCCACGAGAUGCAUCUCCCACAAGCUCACCCGAUGGACACCAGUCAUCUGACCGGCAUCAACAACCGAUUAUCACCUGUGGAGACACAGUUUAUCCAACACCAGCGGACCCACCACCUCUCUGGCGAUUCAGUUCGGUCACAACCAGCAUCGCCAAUCACGUACCUGUCAUCACCGGGCAGCCACCACGACAUCACACCAGUCCCUUCUCCCACAAUGCCACGGGAGCAAGUCUACAAGUUACCACAGAUGGGUGGCCAUCACUUCAAGAAGGAGAUACUGUGAACGUAGGAUUGCAUUGACUUCUGUAUGGAUGAAACAAUUUGUGAUGAGUGAACUCAAUGGGAGUGUUAGCUCAGCUAACGUUCCCUAGCUGUACUCAGUGUUAGGCCGCUGUGGCUUUAUUGUUAGCUUGUCUGUAUGACAUGGGUGAGUGCCUCGUAUGACUUCGUAUCAAUAGACUGUUUGCUUGUGCUGUUUCUCCUUGUUCCGUGGUCACUUGUGACCUUGUGACACCCCAUACAGGAAAUGAACCUUUGGUUGGCUUAUUGGAUGUCCCAUUGGUUGUACCUGGGAAUAUGCAAUGGAGACAAGGACUACUAGUUUACAUGGUCACAAGGGAACAACCUAUUGACAGACAGCCUGAUAGUUCUCGGGGGGGGGGGGGGGGGUUGGGGAAGAGUUCAUGGUCCAGUCGUUGACUUGUUGAUAAAGUGGCCCGCUUAAAAUGGUAGUGUACAGACUUCUACUGCACGCCUAGUCCCAGUGGCAGAUUCAUUGACAACCAUUUACAACUAGGGCCACUAUGCAUACAAGUCAACCAAUGACUUUGCCUUUAAAGCUUGAUGGCCAAAUGGUCCAGCUUUGAUAAGUACCGGUGGAUUUUUCGAUCCCUUUGAAUAGAGGGUCCAGUUGUCCAAACAAGGUACAUCAAUUGCUUGGAGGUGACUUUGAGUCUGAUAGGGUUAAGUGAAGGAGACAAUGUCUAGUUAACAUUAACACCAAGUUAGUGACCACCUUGUUUUGACAGCUGCCCCCAGUAGCUUCCUCUCUGGCAAGUAGCUAUCCUUGAUAGCUGAAUAUUACAGCAAUUGGUGAGCGCAUCCUUUGUAUAGGACUGAAGGGCUGAACAGAUGAAUAGUCGUGAGGUUCAUUUGCAACCAGCGAAAACUGAAGCUGGUCCUGUGUAUAUUUCAAUGACGUCAGAUUCUCUGUCUGGGAAAAUCUAAAUGAAUAAUGCUUCUAGUUAGGUUAAUAAUCAUGUAUUAUCAGUUCAUCAAAAUAGACAGACUGGUUCCAAAUCCCACCAUUGAUUUUGUGGUUAGAACUAGGAACCAGUCUAAAUGCACACUGCUAUUGUGGCGGCCCAUAUGGCUCAAAGUGUUGUCUUCUUUGAGAAACUUUCUUUGCUGGCGCAGGCUUGGAGAUUUGUCGUUGAUCAAUGCUUGCCACCAAGUAGGCUCAGUGACCUGCUCAAGGUCACACUAUAGCAAGCUGGAGACUUGGGAGGUGUGAUAUGAUGACAUCAAGAGCCAAUGAAAUCAAUGCUGGCGGCCCAGUUCCUCAUUCGGUGUAAGAGGUGUGCCUUGUCUGCUUAGCGUUAGGAAUACCACAGUUACCUCUUAUGCCAAUUGAUCCACCAGGCCCGGAGUGCCUGAGAUGUUUACCAUGACGGCUGUUGACCCCUUGUCAUCAUCUUACCACCUCAAGACUAUAAUUAGCUGACACGACAGCAUGCAUUGCUUUUUCUUGUGAUUUAUAUGAAUAAUACUGCUGAAUAUAUUAUGUUAAUCAAUCAUGUCAUCCAUCCACGAUUCAGCGCUGCCGGUCAGUGUCUGUGACACAUAAUUAAUCGUCAUUUAAUCAGUAUAGCAAUUAUAAGUACAUAUGUAACAACGCACAAGAAUUUCACAAAUCUUGUAUUCCUAUCAAUUGGUGGUAUUUAUUGUGAAAACCUCCUGUAAGACAAACAAAGGGCAACUUGAUUGAUAUCCUUGUCAAUCUAGAGCUUAUAUUAUAAUGCAAUGAUUCUUUUUGGAUUUACCCUGUAUAUUGAUUACAUUUAUAUAAAACUAAUUGUUCUUAAAGGAGGAGACCUGUAAGAGACAGGCGAGCACUAUUGUAAACAUCAUGGUUUCUGUUUCAUGAUUGUUAAGGGUUGCAAGUGUAUGGGUAACAUAGUUGGUGAAAUGAUGCACAGUGUUGGAUCAGCAUCCGAGAACCAUCCUCAGGAAUGUGCCCUGGUCUGCAGGUUGUGAAUAAAGCUCCUCCUCCUUUAAGUUUGGGAGAACCUGUGGGGGCUUUUUGGAGUCAGCUGGUCUGACCUGUCUCUCGACUGAUAGAAUUGAAAGUUUAAAUUGCGUUUGUGAUCAAUGAAUUGAUAAAGUUCUGAUUUAAAGCGUCAGGUUGAAAUUUAUCUUGUGUUUUUGCUGAGCAUUUGUAAUGUAUUUAAACUUGCAUAAAAAUGCUGUGCAUUUUGAUAUACUCCUGGUAUAUGAUGGUGCAAUGUAUAUAACAAUAGUUAGUUUUCUUAUAGACUUAAGACUGAACCAGUAGUUUAUUUGAAUGUUCCGAAUUCUAGGACAUUGUUGCAAAUUAGGCUGUUGACAGAAUAGAAUUCUUCAGGCCCGUGUCUAUGUACAUAAGAACGGACUCAUUUUCAUUUUCGAUUGUUGAAUUAGGUUUUUCCCAAACCAUUGCUCACCCUGUAUAGAAUGAUAAGAAUUAAAUGAACUUUGUGGGAGAAGACAAAAGUAGGUAAUUGAUUGACAACUUGAUUAAAGAAGGUGUGUCUUUGGCUGGAGAUGUAAUAAGCAUGUUUGGAAGGUAUCUGUGAUAAGUAGUCCACAUGCAGGAGGGGGGGGGGGGGGUUACUGUGAUGAUGUCAGAGCAGGAGACCAUAGAACUCCAUAUUCCAUGUACAUGCACUCACUAUUGCCAUACAGUCUGUGAUAUCAUCACAUGACCUACUCUGAGCCAGUCAGGCUUUGUGAACUGUCCUGUGUCGUUGGAUGGUUUGAUAGCUAACUUCAUACCAGCCUUUAAGAGCUGCAGCAGACUAGCUAAACAGAAGACCAAUCACUCUCCAUCUGUUCUUGUGUUCCUAAGGUUGGACGCUCAGUUACUACCACUGACUGGUACCAAGUCACCUCCGGGCUCAAGACAGCCGUCAGACUGACUGGUACCAAGUCACCUCCGGGCUCAAGACAGCCGUCAGACUGACUGGUACCAAGUCACCUCCGAGCUCAAGACAGCCGUCAGACUGACUGGUACCAAGUCACCUCUGGGCUCAAGACAGCCGUCAGACUGACUGGUACCAAGUCACCUCUGGGCUCAAGACAGCCGUCAGACUGACUGGUACCAAGUCACCUCUGGGCUCAAGACAGCCGUCAGACUGACUGGUACCAAGUCACCUCUGGGCUCAAGACAGCCGUCAGACUGACUGGUACCAAGUCACCUCCGGGCUCAAGACAGCCGUCAGACUGACUGGUACCAAGUCACCUCUGGGCUCAAGACAGCCGUCAGACUGACUGGUACCAAGUCACCUCCAGGCUCAAGACAGCCGUCAGACUGACUGGUACCAAGUCACCUCUGGGCUCAAGACAGCCGUCAGACUGACUGGUACCAAGUCACCUCCGGGCUCAAGACAGCCGUCAGACUGACUGGUACCAAGUCACCUCCGGGCUCAAGACAGCCAUCAGACUGACUGGUACCAAGUCACCUCCGGGCUCAAGACAGCCGUCAGACUGACUGGUACCAAGUCACCUCCGGGCUCAAGACAGCCGUCAGACUGACUGGUAGAUUGGUUAACAACGAGUUUAAUUCAGUAUCUUUCAUUUCUCUCCCAGUAGUCUUAACUUGGUUGUCCAUAUAGUGUUUCAUUCAUGGCGGAGAGGACUUCUUGUGAACCCCUCUAGAUGGCGCUGUGAAGCAGAUACCUUGUUCGUCGAAAAUUCGUCAAGGACGACAGCACCAGGUGAUGACGUAAUGUCAUCUGUUGUUCAUGUUACAUGACGUCAAAGAACAACACAAAUUGUUGUUGGACUUUCUUGGUUGUUUUGGAGUGAUAAAAACAACCUUCUAUUGAACCUUAAAAUAGUUGACAGAUUGCACCUCCUGGUGGGUUCUUGGUCCACUACCGGUCAGGGGUGACAGAUUGCACCUCCUGGUGGGUUCUUGGUCCACUACCCUGUCAGGGGUGACAGAUUGCACCUCCUGGUGGGUUCUUGGUCCACUACCGGUCAGGGGUGACAGAUUGCACCUCCUGGUGGGUUCUUGGUCCACUACCGGUCAGGGGUGACAGAUUGCACCUCCUGGUGGGUUCUUGGUCCACUACCCUGUCAGGGGUGACAGAUUGCACCUCCUGGUGGGUUCUUGGUCCACUACCCUGUCAGGGGUGACAGAUUGCACCUCCUGGUGGGUUCUUGGUCCACUACCCUGUCAGGGGUGACAGAUUGCACCUCCUGGUGGGUUCUUGGUCCACUACCCUGUCAGGGGUGACAGAUUGCACCUCCUGGUGGGUUCUUGGUCCACUACCCUGUCAGGGGUGACAGAUUGCACCUCCUGGUGGGUUCUUGGUCCACAACCCUGUCAGGGGUUACUUGCAGCGGGUACUGAAUGAUUGAUUUUUCGGUGUCCGAGAGAAACUGUUCAAGACUUGUACAAUUCCAUUUGUGAAAUGAAAAACAAAUAUAACAUGAUUUCCCAAUACCUGUGUAUUUACAAAUCUUCGUCAUCUCAUGACAAUCUUAUUUUUUGUACAACCAUGAUUAUUGAUAUGCAAUAAAUUUUACAGUUUGUCAGUUAAAUGAGAA